GGAGUUGUCCGGAGACCUUUCAGGCCGCCCCCGACUCUGGGAAGGCGGCGCCAUCUCGCGUCUGGCAGGGCAGACGCUGGGCCGGCGUCUGCAACGGGGCCCGGCCUUGCUCCAGCGAGCCUGGGCUCUCCGCCCCACCCCGGGGGCAGCCGGGCACUGCUCGCCGCUGGUGCCGGCGGCGGCUGAGGGGCAGCGGGGAUGCGCGGUGGGGGCGGGGAGCAAGGAGCUCUUGCGGGCCGGACUCGCGGGGAUUGCCCGGACCCGCGGCUACCGGGGCUCCUUCGCACCCCCUCAGGGGGUCGCGGGCCCCAUGAGGCUCUGCGGAGGGGGCUGGGGGGUUGCCAGCCCCGGGGCGGGAGGCCACUGAAGCUCCAGGGACCUCGGCAGAAACAGGUGCAGGGCAGCGCAGCUGAGGACGGGGUGACCGUCUGCUCUAGGUGUGUCCUCGGAUCCUGCUCAAAAAUAGGCGCUAUAGAAACGGACACUCCGAUCAGCCUUUUGCUGACUGUCUGGCGUUCGGGGAGAGAGAGAGAGAUGUCGUUGAAACCAUUCGCCUAUCCAUUGCCCGAAACAAGGUUUCUUCAUGCUGGCAGGCAUGUGUACAAAUUUAAAAUCCGGUAUGGCAACUUCAACAGUUCUCCCAAUCUCAGUCUCACUGAAAGUGCUGCCAAGGAGUCAGAGGAAGUUUUUCGAGUAAUCCUUGGAAAUCUUGAUGAUUUACAUCCAUUUUCUACAGACCACUUCACUGUCUUUCCAUAUUUGAGUAAAUGGGAGCGAGUAUCAAAGAUGAAAUUCAAACAUGAGAAUGUUCAUCUUGUGCCUUAUCCCUACAUUUGUACGUUGUACCUAGAAUUGAACUCAUUUCAGCGAAGUAUAUCUUGUGGUAAAGAAGUAAAAAAGGGCAGUGAUAAACUUGUCAGGAGAAGAAAUGAAGUGUCAGAAAGUACUGCAAUGAAAGAAGCAGUGAAGAGGAGAAGAGUGGAAGUCAGAGGUGAUAUCUCAUGCCCACAAUCACGUGUGGACGGAACUGGAGCAGAGUGUCUUCACCAGAUGAGUAAAGCAGAGCAUGGAUUUGAAAAGAAUUCCUCCAAAGUAAAUGAGCUUGAGUUUAGCCCAGCAUCCCUUACUAAAGACUGUGACCAGCUGAGUUGCUGGGAACCUGUGGAAUUUGCCCUUGAACAAAAAAGAGUAGCCAGUCAGGCUGAGGGUGCAGUGCAGCUGCUGCAGCAAAUGGAGCAAACAGGAAAGAAAGGAAGCACAAAGUCAGAGGGAAGAGGUCUUUCACAGUUCUGGAGAAGCAUCUUUUCACCACUACAACAUCUUCUUGGUGGAAAAAACUGACCUGGAAGUACUAAUUGUUGCGGAAAGGUAGAUUUGUAGUAUGAAUACUGGGUUGCACUGUUUCUUCUGUAAUUCAGCUUUUCACAUUGCAUGUCUCAGCUAUUAAAUGCUUUAAAUUAAAUUCUACUUUGCUAACGUUUUCAAAGUAACAUUCUGAAGAUGUUGGGUUAGAACAACCUGUUGGGUUUUUCUUCACAUCUUAGAGGUUUUGGAAUAGAGCAAGAUUUUGAUCCUUAAGUGUCAUAAAUUGCGAAUUUUACGUUAUGUGGUAUUCUAAUAAAACUAGAAUCAGCUUGGAACUGUGUGUUAUUUUAAUCA